AGAUGGAUAAUCCUAUUAUAUUCUCUAUGGCUUUGUCCUCUAUGUUCAGCAUAACAAAGAUAAUACUUGGAGAAUAAUAUAUCAUUGUUCACUUUUACUGCCCUUUCUGACGUUGAUGUCUUAUUUUGAUCAAAAUCCCUUGUGACUAUCUAAGAGUUUUCUAUUUAGCUAAAUCUAUGGAGGAAAGAGGAUCUCACAGGGAUAUACUCUUACCAUCACCUCUAUAUUGACUAUCUUGUCCCCAUUACAUCAAGUCAACCAUGUGUAUUUACUGGGUCUGCAAAUACCUUCUCUGCGGUUGCAUCUGGGACGAUUCAGCUAUAACAUGUUCCAAGGAAUUAGGAUGUACGGACCUGCGCAUGGUCCAGGUCCAGAUUCCGGACCACAAAUGCGAAGAAUGUCAUGCUAGAGAUAGGACACUCAUCGAUGAUACAGCGGGUGGUCUUGUCAACGCAGAUGGCGAGCACAGCAAAGUUGAUUUUAGGGCUAUCGAGUUCGUCGAGAUGGAUCUCUCGCGGGUCUGUGAUGCUGUGCACAAGCGGGAUAAGAUACGACGGGGCCGGACUUAUGAAGAUGAGGAUGAGAUGGAGGGAGAGGGAUAUGAAGCUGGGACAGGAAGUGAUUAUAGUAAAGAGUAAACAGCUAGAGAAAUUUUGGCGAGAUAGUUGAUUUCAGACUGCCUUCGGUGAUAAAAAUUUGUAAAAAUCAUCGAAAUAAUUGGAUUUAAAAGUUCUUUGAUGCUGUGAUUGAAUUUUGUAUGGAAAUAUUAAAAUCGCCUUGUGAACAUCACCACUGGAUUCGCUUCUAUCCAUAGCCAUGAUUAUAAGCAUGUAUUGAGUCGUUCUAAACGUGAGGUGAUGGCGUCAAUGACCGCGGAUCUAUUGUGGGCGUGAAAUUAGCACCUCAGCUUCCAUACCAUAGAAGCAGAUAGAUAG